AUGGCAAUGGGUAAUAUUAAUGAUGAUGGAGAAGCAAUGAGUGGAAAAGAAUUAAAAUUACAAAAUUAUAAAUGCAACGAGCAAAACAAGGAUAAUCAGGUUGUUGACUCGAUCGAUCCACUGAAAUACAUGGAUUUGUUAUUGCAGAAGACAAUCAAUAAUUUCUCGGCCAUUAUUGAUGUGACACGACAGCAAUAUAUUGCCAACCUCCGUGACAAAUAUGUGCAAUUCAAGAAUACAUUCGACAAAGCUCAAGCAAUGAAAGAUGAUGACAGUUCGAUGACAUCGUUCCAUGGACAUCAAUAUGACGAGAGAACCAUACCCUGCGCCGGUGAGAAUUGCUUCACUCAACAUACACUCCAAGAAAGGACGUUUAAUCGGACAGCGAAGUUGCUGAGACAUACGGCACUGAGACGUGCAUUCCUGAAUACACCAAGUAAAUCCGUUGAACGGAAGUCCAGCAAUCCUGAAAUUCACGUAAACGUUGAACGACAAGCAAAGGAUUUCUACGUUUCGUCUGACAUUCCACUAAAAGUUUUAAAUGAAAAGAUUGUUGGAGAAAGAACGAUUAAAUCAAGAAGUGACAUGGAGAAUGAAAUGGUCACAAGUGAAAAGAAUGUCACACACAGUGAUAAAGUGAAAAGAGAAAAGCUUGAAGAUUCUACUGAAUCGAUGAUAACUGUUCCUGUCAAAGUUCCCGCGGUGACAUCACAGCAAGUAGCAGAACUGUCGAUGGGGACAGACUGGUGGAAUGGUACUUGGUUUUGGAUAAUCGACCUGGUUGUACUGAUAUUACUUCUCAUCCUGAUUUUGUCGUGCUGCAUUUGGCAUUGCGGUAGCAGUAGCAGCAGUAGUAGUAGCAAACGUUCUAACUACAUCAGAAUUUGA